AUGGGCCUCUCCCAGCCUGCACUCCCGCCCAGGACAAAGCUUGGCCUGUGGCAGUUCCUUCUGAUCCCAGCAGUGUUGGCACAGCGGGCCCCCCACGCCCAAGCCGAGGAUCGCCUCUUCAAACACCUCUUCAGGGGCUACAACCGCUGGGCAAGGCCAGUGCCCAACACCUCGGAUGUGGUCAUCGUGCGCUUUGGGCUGUCUAUCGCCCAGCUCAUCGACGUGGAUGAAAAGAACCAAAUGAUGACCACCAACGUCUGGCUAAAGCAGGAGUGGAGAGACCACAAGCUGCACUGGAACCCGGCCGAGUUCGGCAACAUCACAUCCCUCCGAGUCCCUUCAGAGAUGAUCUGGAUCCCGGACAUUGUCCUCUACAACAAUGCCGAUGGGGAGUUUGUGGUGAACCACAUGACCAAGGCCCAUGUCUUCUCCACGGGCACCGUGCACUGGGUGCCCCCGGCCAUCUACAAGAGCUCCUGCAGCAUCGACGUCACCUUCUUCCCCUUCGACCAGCAGAACUGCAAGAUGAAGUUCGGCUCCUGGACGUACGACAAGACAAAGUUUGACCUGGAGCCGAUGGAGGAGACGGUGGACCUGAAGGACUACUGGGAGAGUGGCGAGUGGGCCAUUGUCAAUGCCACGGGCACCUACAACAGCAAGAAAUACGACUGCUGCGCCGAGAUCUACCCUGACAUCACCUACUACUUUGUCAUCCGGCGCCUGCCGCUCUUCUACACCAUCAACCUCAUCAUCCCCUGCCUGCUCAUCUCCUGCCUGACGGUGCUCGUCUUCUACCUGCCCUCCGACUGCGGGGAGAAGAUCACCCUGUGCAUUUCUGUGCUGCUCUCGCUCACUGUCUUCCUCCUGCUCAUCACCGAGAUCAUCCCCUCCACCUCCCUGGUCAUCCCGCUCAUCGGAGAAUACCUGCUCUUCACCAUGAUCUUCGUCACCCUGUCCAUCGUCAUCACGGUCUUUGUCCUCAAUGUCCACCACCGCUCCCCCAGCACCCACAAUAUGCCCCACUGGGUGCGGGUGGCCUUUCUCAGCUAUGUGCCACGGUGGCUUCUGAUGAAACGGCCUCUGCCACCCUUGGAGCUCCAUGGCUCCCCAGAUCUGAAACUCAGCUCCUCCUAUCACUGGCUGGAGACCAACGUGGAUGCGAAAGAGAGGGAGGAGGAAGAAGAGGAAGAAGAAGAGAGGUGGGUGUCAUACCCUUCCACGGGUGUCCUCCACAGCCGUGCUGAUCUGCACCAAGGGGCCUCAGGUCCCAAGGCAGAGGCCCAGUUGCAGAAGGGUGGGCUCCCACUGUCACAUCACAUGCAGAAGGCACUGGAAGGCGUGCACUAUAUUGCUGACCACCUGCGGUCUGAGGAUGCCGACUCUUCGGUGAAGGAAGACUGGAAGUACGUGGCCAUGGUCAUUGACAGGAUAUUCCUCUGGCUGUUUAUCAUCGUCUGCUUCCUGGGGACCGUGGGACUCUUUCUUCCCCCGUUCCUGGCUGGAAUGAUCUGA